AUGAAUAAAGCCAUGGUUUAUAUAAUGAAUAAAAGGAACCAUUAUAUUGCUUCACUUAUGUCCAAUAGAACCAUAGCUGAUACCAAUUGGAAAAUUGUAGAAGAACAAACAAAAAUAAAACACCCCUACCACUUGGACAUAGAACAUGAUGUCGUUGUUGAUGAUAACAAAAUGUUUAUAUGUCCAAACUAACGCAUUGUACUAACAUUAAAAAUAUUAAACGGUUUAAGAAAGUUGAUAUUUCUUACUCUAACGAGUAAAUUAUGUACGAAGUUUACCAGACAUUCUAAAAUUGCUUUAGAAUCAAAAACUAAAGUUUCCUACGAGUUGGGAUGUGGAUUUUUGGAAACUGAGCAACACCUGCUAGAAAUUUUAGAAAAUAUGAUAGACAACAGCGCAGUUCGUCUUGAAAUGAAGGUUGAAAUACAAAACAACAUUAUAGAAAUCGUAAAAUGUUUAGUAUACAUAGAAAAACUUAGGGGCUGGGUGGCAACCACCUGUCAAACAAAACAUGCUUUGCAUGGAACAUUUUACGAAAUGAAAAUAGCUAUAUACGAGCUUAACGAUUCUGGAUGGUUGGAUAAUAAGGAAAAACUAGCGCUUUUAGAUUACAUUGAAGAAAAUGUAAAAAGAGUAAAAGAAAUUAAAUAUAUUGAGCAGCCCACGCCAGAAAAGGACUUUUUCGAAAUAAACUGGCUUCCAGAUGAUAAGAUUAUCCUGCAGUAUCUUUACGAAAACAUACAAAUUCUCCUGUACAAUCCAGGCGAUGUUAUUGUCAAUGUUGGAGAUAAAAUAGAUGGAGUUUAUUUGGUCAUUACAGGCAUGUUUAAAAUAAUUUAUAAUCCUACUGAGAACGUUAUAAACAUGUUACUUAAGAAUGGUGAACUACCAAUAAUGGACUUCCUUUCGCCCAAUAUGUUAAUUACAAACUUUGUCAAUUUUCUUACUGUUGGAUCCACCAUUGGCGAAUUAUGUAUUUUAACUGAUAGACCUUAUAGCUGUUCUAUUGUAAAUGAAAUAGCCAGUCAAGUUUUGUUUAUCAGGAAGGAUUUAUGUUUAAGAGCUUUUGAAAUGAACAACGAUCCCCUGAAUGGAUUAAAGGCUAAAAUGUGGAAAAGUGUAACAUUUAAUAUGGCUCAAACUCUAUACGGUUCAGUGGAAGGAAAUAAAAAAAUAUUUUUUCUUGAAAAUUCCAUAGUACCAGACCUAACCCUAUUUAAGACUUUCAUCAUAGAUUCCAAAAUAAAGGAUGUUCUUCUUCUUGAAGGCCAAUGCAUGGAUAUUAGCUCAAAGGAGUAUUUUACAGCUCCUUGCUACAUAUCCAAGGACGUCCAGAAAAUAGCCUUUCAAAAGUUGUACAUGGACCAGGACAUUUUGGAAACUAAGUUGCUAUUGAUUUUGAGUAGAGGAGCAAACGAAUACAAGUUGUUAUCGAACAUUUAUGAUUCUUCGGAGGUUAAAGAGAACUCGUAUAAUAUUUACUAUGAAAAUAUUCAAAACGAUGCAACUGUUAAAAGAAGAAGGCGUUUGUUAAGCAUCAAUCAAAAUGCUGUAAAGAAACUAAAUAUACCUGUGGAUACUAUAAAACCGAUGCCGGAACCGUAUUACCCGGAACCGGGUAUCCGGAACCGAAUACCCGGAACCGGGUACUCGGAACCGGGUACCCGGAACCGAAUACCCGAAACCGGGUACCCGAAACCGGAUACCCGCAACCGAAUACCCGAAACCGGGUACCCGGAACCGAAUACCCGGAACCGGGUUACUUACCUUACUUACGUUCAAAACAAGGAGGCUGAUUUAAAAGUUGGCCUUUUUAAAUUUUAA